AUGUCACAUAUAGGCUGCAAUCUGGAAUUUUUCCUACCUAAAGUUUUAUGUAUGGUUGAAGCAGACACUAUCAGAAGAAGCUAUACAGAACCAUUUAUUAGUAAUAAUACUCAAGAACAACCUGACGUACAGCCAAAAUCAAUAAAAGAAAACAAUUUUCCACUAUGUAAAGAUAUUGCGUCCUCUGACCUUGUUGGAAAAGUUCUGGUAUCACGAUCACCAUCAUCAAUUACAGAACUAGAACACCAAUUCGAUUGGCUCCAACUGGGAGGACAUUGGCAACCUCCAGAUUGUAGAGCUAAACAAAAACUGGCCAUUGUAGUUCCUUUUCGAAACAGAGAAACACAUUUAUCUAUUUUUCUUAGACAUAUGCAUCCAUUUCUUAGACAUCAGCAGCUAGAUUAUACUAUAUUCGUGAUAGAACAACAAGGAGAAAAGCCUUUUAAUAGAGGAAUGUUGAUGAAUAUUGGCUUUGAGCAGGCGAUGUCGAUGAGCCAAUUUGACUGCUUUAUUUUUCAUGAUGUUGAUUUGUUGCCUGAGGAUGAUAGAAAUUUAUAUGUGUGUAGCAGUCAACCUAAGCAUAUGAGUGUAGCUGUUAACGUAUUUAAGUACAAAUUGCCAUAUAAAAACAUAUUUGGAGGCGUUACAGCACUCACUACACAGCAAAUUACCCUGGUAAAUGGCUUUUCAAACUUGUUUUGGGGAUGGGGAGGUGAAGAUGACGAUAUGUUUAAUCGAGUAAAAGCCCAUCAGCUCGAUGUGAUAAGAUAUAACCCUAAAAUUGCUAGAUACAAAAUGCUGAGGCAUCAAAAAGCAACACCAAAUCCCCAAAGAUAUAAACUUCUUGAAGAAGGAAAGAAAAAGUUUACAAAAGAUGGGCUUAACACUCUGCACUACGAAGUACUACAAAAACAGGAAUACCUGCUAUACACAUGGAUUUUGGUAGAUAUUGAUACUAAAUGA